UUUGCAAAGGACACUUUGUGAGCAGAAAGAGGGCCAAAAGUGGCCUGGGCCCGGUGCAUUCCUCCUGCCUUAGACAAUGCAGGAACAAGACAAUCUCAGGGCUGCUGCAGAGAGAAAGCAGCACCUUCUUUUGUAGGUGUGGCCCUGUGUGUAUGUUUUGGAAAAACUUCAUGUACAUGCAGGCAGGCAUCCUGUGCGCCUCUGGAGAUUAAAAAAUAGGAGUAAAAGGCGUUGGAAGCCUCGGAAGCGCAAAAUCCAGCAGGUUCUUGCAGAUGCAUUCGAGAUCCGUGUCAUAACAGAACGUUUUCUUGCAAUUGGGAAGCCAAAUUGGAAGCAAGUCGCAUCAAGAGGUGAAAGAGAGCAAGCCUGAACUGAGUCCCAAGCAGAAGGAAGGAAGGAAGGAAGGAAGGAAGGAAGGAAGGAAGGAAGGAAGGAAGGAAGGAAGGAAGGAAGGAAGGAAGGAAGGAAGGAAGCUCCUCUCCUUGGUGGCCAAGUUCCUUGCAAGACGUUGGCUUCCAACCAUUUGCACCAUGCUGACUUUGAAGCUACCCCGACUGCUCAGCAUCCAUCAAGUCCCCAAAGUUUUCCGAGAGAAGGGCAUCCUUUUCGGGUACCGUCACCCAAAGAGUUCGGCCACGGAUUGCCUCUUCAGCGUCUUCCAAAUGACAAACGAAACUAUGAAUAUCUGGACUCACUUCUUGCCUUCCUGGUACUUCCUAUGGAAGCUGCUAGACUUCGUCUUGUCCCGGGAUGUCUGGAGUGACCGCUACACCUGGCCCUUCCUGGCUUACAUGGCCACUUGCUGUGCCUACCCCUUGGCCUCCAGCGUGGCCCACACCUUCAGCACUAUGUCCCUCCGCGCCAGGCACAUCUGCUACUUCUGCGACUAUGGCGCCCUGGCUCUCUACAGCCUCGGCUCUGCCGUGGCUUAUUCUGCCUACGUAUUCCCCGAUGAAUGGAUCGGCAGCACGUUCCACCGAUACUACCUCUCCAUUGCAGUGCUCAACACCGUUUUCAGCACAUGCCUCUCCUGCUACUCCAGGUUGGCGGAAGCGGAGCGGCCAAAAUUGGGCAAAGGGAUGCGCAUAUUAGCCUUUGCGUAUCCGUACUUGUAUGACAGCAUACCUCUCUUCUACCGGCUGUACUGGUGUCAAGGUGGCAUGAUUCGCACCCAUUGCUGGCACACAAUCCUGGCCUGGCUCACCUGCUUCCUUUUCGCAACGCACCUACCAGAACGCCUUGCUCCGGGGCUCUUCGACUACAUUGGGCACAGCCACCAGCUCUUCCACAUCUGUGGGGUCGUGGGCACCCACUUCCAAAUGGAGGCCCUUUCCACAGACAUGAUGAAGAGGCGCAAGCAGCUCCUGGCUUCGCUGCCGGACCCUUCCUUCUUCCCUCGGGCUGUCGCUUCAAUGGCGGUCUGUGCUAUGGCCGGCCUUCUCAUCAUCGCUGCUUUCUCCGCCUCCCUGUAUUCCACGCCAACACUCUCUGGAAGGAGAAACAAAAGCAAGAGCCGGAGGGACUGAGGCUGAUUUCGGACAGAAAAUGGGACUUUACUACCAUUGCUGAAUGGUCAUCUGUCGGGAGGGCUUGAGUUGUAUCCUGCUGGCAGAAUGGGGUUGGACUGGAUGGCCUCUGGGGGGUCUCCUUUUGGUCUUUAAGAGAACAUGAACAAUACCAAGAGCAGCUAUUUAUUCCUGCUUUGAAGAAUUUGGGGAAUGGCUAAAAGGGACUUUUUCAGUACGAAUUUGGGCUCGGCCUUUCUCUCUGGCAUUGUUUGAGCUUGAAGCUGGACUUGAAAGGAUGGACUUGGGUUUGACCACUGGAGUGCCUUCUUUGCAAUGGCAAGGGCUGCAAAUACACAGUCCAAGCACUGAAUUUCGUCACUGUAAAGGUUGAGUCUCCAUUAUCCAAAAUCCUUGGGGCCAGAAGUAUUUUGGAUUAUAUUAUGUAACACUAUGAUUUUUGUUCCUGGGUUAUCAAUGUCCUUUCCAAAUUGGUUCUAUCAUCAAAACAUGGGAAAAGUUUAUUAAAUUGCACCAACUUUGUCAUUGUGGGAGGGACAUUUCCAAUGAAUAUCUCUUAUAUCAUCAUCGAGUCCCAACACAUUCAACAUAGUUUUGAGCACAAAAAGGAAGAUUAUGGAAUAUAACGACAACUUUCAAAGUAAGGGCCACACAAUUCAACAGGAAAUAACACUUCCAAACCAGGAACAGAUUUCUUCUCCAAAUUUCAUUACAUGGUGUUAUUUGCAUAUACAUAAUGAGAUAUUUUGGAGAUAGGAUUCAGGUUAACACACAAAAUUCCUUUGAUGUUUCAAAUAUAUCUUUUGGAUGAAGCCUGAUGGUAACUUUAUACACAUUAUAUUUAAUAAUUUUAUGUCAUUGAACCAUCAAGGAACAAAGGUGAGCUAAAGAGGGAUAGAAAUAAACAUAAUAUGUUUAUUGUUUAAUACACAACAAGAUUAAUACACAGCAAAUAAGAUCACUAUGCUGGUUUUUGCAUUGGAUCACAUGUCAGACACUUCCCAAGUGUCUAGGACUGUGUGAUGUAUCAGUAAAUAAUUUGUGCAGGUCCAAGUAGAGUAGCCUUUUGCUUCCAACAGAUGGUAAUUUUGUUAUCACUUAUUGUUUUUAAGUGCAAGCCGACGGCUUUAGCUACUGCACCCAGUGUGCCGAUCACUACUGGGACCCCCUUGACUGGCUUGUGCAAGAGUCCUUGCAGCUCGAUCUUUAAAUCCUCGUAUUGUGUAAGCUUUUCUGGUUGCUUCUCGUCAAUCGUGUGGUCACCUGGGAUUGCAACAUCAACAAUCCAUACUUACGAUUGUGAGGUCGACGAUACAUACAAUCAUGAGAACAAGAGUAUUGUGCUCCAAAACUCUGUCAGUCUGAAUUCGGAAGUCCCAAAGUAGUUUGAUGAGUUCAUUUUGUGUAAUUUUUUCAGACUUGUAAUCCCACCAGUUCUUUGUCGCAAGCAGAUGGUAGUUGUUGUUGUUGUUGUUGUUGUUAUUGUUAUUUGAAACACAACAAGAUGAGUCCACAGCAGACACUCUGCUGGCUGUUGUAUUGGAUCACACGUCGGACACUUCCCAAGUGUCUAGGACUGUUGUGAUGU